AUGGAAAUUUGUAGUGGUGAAAGGCCUUCGUUAGAAAAUAUUCCUCAAUUAUUGUCUGAAUUAAUUAAACUAUGUUGGGACGCGGAUCCAUCAAACCGUCCUGCCGCAAAAUCUAUAUCGCACAUCAUAGCUAUAUGGAUAACAUUAUUGGAUAACAAUAAUUUAGCAGAGCCUAUCAUGCAGUUUACGGAAAAAAAUAAUUCUGACAUUUUAAGAUUAUAUUCACAGCAUCUACAUGAACUUGAUCGAGAAGCCAUGAACAAUGAUUUCGGGUGUAAAGUGGAGAACGCAAAAGAUAAGGAUUCAGCCUUUAAAUGA